CCGCUAUACGUCGCUGCUGGAAUUUCCAGCAUCAAGGAAGCGUUUUCGGGUGCUGCGAGAAAGUAGGAAAAUGCGGUGUGGAGUGUAAGGAUCCGGAAUGGGAAAGCAAAUCCAAUAGUAUGUAAAGUGCAAACUUGUGCUUAUCAAUAUUGCCUACACAUUUGCACCCCAACUAAAAAAAGCUCUGGUAUCUUAUAAAAGGAACAGCAUGAUAAUUAUCGCUAUUUUAAGUCUGAGUACGUCAUUCAGUUUUCGUUUAAUCUAAAGCAGCAUUUCUGAAAUGCAAGAGGGGCUGAUGUAAAUAAAAGGAAACCCGAAGGAAAAAGAAACAUAUAUUAAACAUAUUGUGAAAAAUAUAAAUACCCCUUGAUGCCUCAUCCAGAUGUAGACGAAAGAAUUCCACAGUCAGAUGCCGCAGUUUAUAUGCUGCCUUAGUAUGCGCUGCAUACUUUAAAACCACGAAGGAGAGAGGAGUUUGAGUCAGGUAUCCAAUUCAACUGUAUCAUCAUUUGUUCAGUGUGCUAUGGUGUCAAAUUGAAAGAAACGUUUUUAUAACGCUCGCGUCAGCGUAUGGAGUGCCUCAUACAACAUAUGGAGUCAAACCUCGACUUUCAACUCAGGAAUACUACUGUAGGAGUACAAAGGGCCCAGGGAGCGAAGGAACCUGUGAUGAAGAAUUAGUCGUGUUGCAAUGAAGUUCCCCUGGUAUGAAGGGAGGGAAGGCUAACCAUGUCAUGCAGCCUUGUCAUUAAUUCUCCACAGAAGACCAAGCAGUUUGCUCACAACACCAUUCUACUGUCUGCAGAAGUUACCUUCUACAGCUCUAUGGCUGUCUGAACUUAAAUUCUCCUUACUGGAUGCCUGAGUUCUACUGAAAGUUUGACGCUUUCCCGCUGCAGCCUUAUCGUUGUUCCUUGUACUGUAUGGCAGGCGCAAUGGUACAGCCUGCCCUUUGAAUUCAAGCCUCCAUCUGUCCUCAUCCUUCUGUGGACUUUAACCAAGAGGCAAAAACGGGCCCAGGCUGAAUCGAGGUGCCCUGGUGUUGCUUAGAUACGCCCGCCCGCCGAGGACGCUGCCCCCUUCUGGCCCGGGCAGAUUCCGAACAUGUCCGCCAAGGCGCCUAUCUACCUGAAGCGUAGCAGCCGCAAAGGGAAGAAGGAGAGGCUGAGGGACAUCCUGUCCUCGGACAUGAUCAGCCCCCCGCUGGGGGAUUUCCGCCACACCAUCCACAUCGGCAGCGGUGGUGGUGAGACCGACUUGUUCGGCGACCUGUCCUUCCUGCAGGGCAAGUUCCACCUACUGCCCGGACAGAGCCAGCCUGGGAGUGACUGCAGUGAGCCCUUUCAGUUCACACGCACCGCCAGCGUGUGCAGCCACCCGCCUCCCUCUGAGAACUCGCCCCUGCUCAAGAACGCCAUCUCCCUGCCCGUCAUUGGUGGGGUGCAGGCUCUCACGCUGCCCGCCUCAGCCCCUGCUCCCCCCCAUGAGCAGCCCCAAACAUCCUCCCAGGCACCGCCUCCAAAACCUCCCAGGCUACAUCUAGAUGACAAAGCUCCACUGCCUACUCAGGAUCCCUCGCUGCCCUCUGCCUCGUCCACUAUAGCAGCCCCCCUUGCUUCACCCACCUCCUGGGCUUCAGUAAACCAAGACAACGACCUCCAAGACCUCGACAAUCCCUUAGAACAGCCCUACUUAUCUCACACCAGCUCCCUGCUCUCCCUUCAUCUAGACCUGGGGCCCUCCAUCCUGGAUGACGUGCUCCAGAUCAUGGAUAAGCACAGGGCGAACAGCCUGAGUAGUUCCUGCGUGCAGGGAGGACUGCAGGAGCUCUUCACUUGAGGACCAGCAUUUCUGUUGUAAAUUCUGAAGUAGCUUUGAGAAACUUUUUUUUUUUUUUUUUAAGUAUAUGACUGGAGGUGACCGAACAGACCAUGGUUUAUAAAACCCUCAUUUGCAAAAUAAUGGCUAUGACCACACUCCAGACCCCUCAUGCAUGUUACGAGGACCAGGGAGAACCAACAAUGCAUCUUAGACUAUGCCACGUUAUAGACUUUAUCUGAUGUUCCUCAAUUGUUAAGCUCUUGCUCCUGUUGCUCAUAUUCAAAGAAAACGCCAGUUCUGCUGGGAAGCGGUCCAGUGAAUUUCCACUGUGGGUUUAAGGAAACAGGGGUCCCAGCUCUCUGCCACCGCAGCUGAAAUCCUUCCUCAUAAACUAGAGGUUCUGGGCAAAGGAGGAACACAGUGGAACAGAACGUGACUUCCCUGCCCUUUGAAAUACUACUCUGCGUUGUCUUAGAAUUGCAAAGAUAAACCUUCUGUUUUGCUUUCUGCAAAAAUUGUGCAAUAUGUCAUAAGGCACUAAGAAGUUUGGCCCGAGAAAGCAGCCUGUGCUUUCAAGCCUUGUCCAAAUAUUUGCUACCACUUGUGGACACUGGACAAUGAGAGAAAUGGGCUCUGGCUCUGUUAAGGUACUCGGUCCUGCCAUACUUUACCUCGCUCUUUGCCAUCAGAAAAUUCCAACACUGAGAACUGAGAGUCAUGUGACCUGGAAUGAUCUGAUGGUGUUGAUUGGAAUGGCUUAACAAGGCCCAUGCGAGACGCAUGUCUUUAUACUGCAGUAAACACGGUCACAGGGUACAGUACUUAGGCGUGUUGGUGUGGGUCUGUAUUACUCUGCUGUGUUUCUACUGUAUAUUAAAAUGAAAUGAAGUUCUCAGCGAAGCCAUUCCUCAGUGACUGGCACUUCGUGCGGGCAGAGUCUGUUAUGUGCUUAAGUGGGUUUCCUCAAGUAUCCUGCACCAAUCCAAAAACACAUGGUUUGGCUGAAUUGCACAUAUUGUGUGUGUGUUUGUUUGUGUGUGAGUGUACUCCCUGUGAUGGACUGAAAUUCCAUCCAAGGAAAGGACGGACAGCCAGCCUUGUGCCCUGUACUUCCUGGGACAGUCCAAGUAUGACCCUGAAAUGGAUUAUAUUAGAUUAUAAUAGAAAUGACAAAAAAACGUUAUAUGUAAGAAACUGUAAUUAAGAAACAUGAUUCCCGUAGACAGUUUAUGCAUCAUGCACAUUGCAAGUAAGUGCUGAACUUUGCUGAAAAUCACCAUGCAAAAAUAAUGUUGCCUGUAUUUUACUCUGGAAAGUAUUUAGCGUAUUAACUAGAAGAGCGUGGUAAUGAAAUAGCUUUACUGUGUACAACAGAGAAACAACACAGAGAAACAGUGUAAUAUUUUCAAUGGGAAUGAACGAUGUGUCUACCAUUGAAUUCUUGUGUUUAAUGUUCUCGAGAAUUUCACGUAAAAUCGAAGAGCAAGUCUAGAGAACUGGGACAGAACUGUCUUGCGUUUCUUCACAAUGUGAUAUUUUGAGAAUUUUGUGAAUGUGAAAGAGAGCGAUUAGAAUUCCUUUGUUCCAAGGCUUCAUGAUAUAAAACAAUAUUCCACUGCAUUAUUAAUUAUAGGGCACCAGUAUAACCAGUGCAGCUACUGGACUAACAUGUCCCUUCACUCAGUCAUCCACGUGGAUGUAUAACAGUCGUAGCAGGAAAGAGUCAUGAAUGUCUUUGAUGAAUGUCCGACUGUAAGAAGCUGAGUCUUCCUAUUUGUCAUUACCACUAUGAAUGCUACUGUAAAGCUUUGCGACAGUGUGGAUGUAAAUGUAAAAUGCUGGUUGAUAUAUAUUGUAAUUCCAUUGAUGUACGUCACAUGACCAAGAUUGCUUGCCUGCGUUUCAUUACUUACGUACUUAAAUGUGGUCCUAAGCAUUAGGAUUCCAAUAAUCUGACAUUUGAAGUGGUAGAUAGAAGGGAACACACCUAAAUGUGACUUAGGCUAGCAAGGAGGAUGGUAGCACUUUGCAGAUAAUUAACUUCCUCCGAGAGCUGACCACACAGGUCCCUUACCUUGCCUAUGCUAAAAACACAGAAGGCUGAUUGUCGAGCUAUACGUCCUGUUCAUCAUGUGAUGGAUCAACGCUGGAAACAUAGCAGGUUCACUCUUAUAAAGCUAGAACAUUAAUACAGCUAAAACAAAAGUGGGUCCAGCUCCACAUAAACAGUCUUUGUUUCAUUUUUAGUUCUUCGUUUUUGAGAAGUUGGGUUUUCAGAAGCCUAAAGCAAGUGAAAGCUUUGCAUUUCGUAUAAGCUCAGUUUUGUUCAGUUUUGCAAAGCCUUGCUACUGGAAUAAUGUCAUAGAAUGUAGUGACCUUUGCUGACUUGUGGGACUGAAGAGCAGUUUUAACACAGUUUAAUGCAUAAAGUCGGCCAUUUUGUUCCUCAGCAGUAGGCUGUUUUCUAACAAGCUGCAAACUUGGUCAAAACAAUGUGUUGAGCCUUACCUAUAAAUGGUGAUUGUAAUAAACACUUUCCUUUGUCCAUUAAAAAA